AUGCUCCGAAGAAACACCAGCGCCGCCCACAUCGAUGCCGGCGAGGAAAAGUUGAACCUCAACCCCGAGCAGUGGAGCACCCCCGACAAGGAGGGCCUCCUCCAGAAGCAGGGCCACGUCGUCAAGAACUGGAAGACGAGAUGGUUCGUCUUGCAGAACGAUAUGCUCUUCUACUUCAAGGACAAGAAGUCCACGUCGAAGCAGCCCAAGGGCUACAUGGCCUUGAAGAAUGCUUCGCUUCAGGCGACUGACAAGAGCAAGCGAACACAUGUCUUCGAAAUCAACUCAGCCAUCUCUAAGAACAAGAUCCUGUAUGUCCAAGCCAAGAGCGACUCUGAGAUGCAGGCCUGGAUGGACGCCAUUAUGAAGAACGCUCGGUCGUACGACAGCGUGUCGGCUCCCCUGGCUGUGCAACACAAGGUCCACGGAGGCUUUGACGGCGAGAAGGGCUUCACCGGUCUGCCGAAGGAGUGGGAGACCAUGCUCCGCUCGGCCGGUAUCGAUCCGGAGGAGUUCAACAAGCACAAGGGCGCUGCCGUCAAGGCGGUCGAGUUCUACCAGAACAUGAUCAAUGUGCAGCCUAACGCUCGUCCCGCUUCCUCCAACUCUCUGACUCCUCUGCCCGAGAAGAGGAAGCUUAGGCUUGAGGAGCUCGUCUCAAGUGACGAUCCCACACAGAGAUACGUCAACGAAGAGAAGAUUGGCGAAGGUGCUGCUGGUCAAGUGUUCGUGGCUCUGGAUAAGCGCUCGAACCGGAAGGUCGCCAUCAAGAAGAUGAAGCUCGACGACGAGAGCGCCAAGCUCCUGGCCAGCGAAAUCCACAUGAUGAAGAGCUCGAAUCACCCCAACAUUGUUGGUUAUAUCGACUCCUACAUCGUUGGAGGGGAGCUCUGGGUGGUAAUGGAGUUCUUGAGCAACGGCAUGCUUACCGAGUGGCUGGAGCAGUACCCCAACGGCGACUGCCACAUGGGCGAAGCCGAGGCUGCCUUCGUCUGUCGAGAGACUCUCUCGGCCCUCAAGUACAUUCACAGCCUUCACCGCAUCCACAGAGACAUCAAGUCCGACAACGUGCUCAUCGGUGAAGACGGUAGCAUCAAGCUUGCCGAUUUUGGUUAUGCCGCGCAGCUCACGCAGCAGAAGGCGAAGCGAACGACAGUGGUCGGCACGCCGUACUGGAUGGCUCCGGAAGUGAUCCAAGGAACGGACUACGACUACAAGGUCGAUAUUUGGUCGCUCGGUAUCAUGCUCAUGGAGAUGACCGAUGGCGAGCCUCCCUACAUGGAGUUCCCUCCCCUCAGGGCCCUCUUCUUGAUCACGACCCAGGGAAUCCCCGGCAUGAAGGAGCCCCACAAGUGGAGCGCCGAGUGCAAGGACUUCCUGAGCAAGUGUCUCGCCAAGGACAUCGGAGCCAGGCCCGACGCCGCCACUCUGCUCAAGCAUCCGUUCUUGAGCAAGGCCGGUCCCCCCGGCUGCCUGCUGCCGGGCCUGCGCAGGGCUCAGAAGCUGAAGGAUUAA